UCUUGGCCGCCUGGUUGCACAGCAGAAGCUCGGCGCCCUCGGGCUGAGAGCGCCGCGGCCGGGAUGUGCAGCUGUCUGCGGCCCCUGCUUCCCGGCUUGGGCGCGGCGCUACCCCAUGGCAGGUAGCGGUGGCCUGGGUGGUGGGGCCGGAGACGGCCAGGGAGCUGGACCAGGGCAGGGGCCAGCACUGCGGGCUCCACGCGCAUUGCUGGCGCUCGUGGCGCUGGUGCUCGGCGCGUACUGUCUCUUCGCUCUCCCCGGCCGCUGUCCAUCAGCCGCCGGCGCCCCGGCGCCGGUUCCCGCGCUCGCGGAUCCGCCCCGCGCCGCCCUCCGCCCGGGAGUGCUCGGCCUGCCGGUGGCCCUCGGUCCGGGCCGCCGGCGCUUCCCGCAGGCGCUCAUCGUGGGCGUGAAGAAAGGCGGCACGCGCGCGUUGCUCGAGUUCCUGAGGCUGCACCCCGACGUCCGCGCACUUGGCUCUGAACCUCACUUCUUCGACAGGUGCUACGACCGCGGCCUCGCUUGGUACCGGAGCCUGAUGCCACGUACCCUGGAUGGGCAGAUCACCAUGGAGAAGACCCCCAGCUACUUCGUGACACGGGAGGCCCCCCGCCGCAUCCGUAGCAUGUCCCCAAACACCAAGCUGAUUGUGGUGGUACGGAACCCUGUGACCCGGGCUAUCUCUGACUAUGCUCAGAUGCUCUCCAAGACCCCUGGCUUGCCUAGCUUCCAUGCUCUGGCUUUCCGCCAUGGCCUGGGCCCCGUGGAUACGGCCUGGAGUGCUGUUCGCAUUGGCCUCUAUGCCCAGCACCUGGACAACUGGCUGCGCUACUUCCCCUUGUCCCAUUUCCUGUUCGUCAGUGGUGAGCGCCUAGUCAGUGACCCUGCUGGUGAGGUGGGCCGUGUGCAAGACUUUCUGGGCCUCAAACGGGUUGUCACUGACAAGCACUUCUAUUUUAAUGCUACCAAAGGCUUCCCCUGCCUCAAAAAGGCCCAGGUCAGUGACCACCCCCGCUGCCUGGGUAAAUCCAAGGGUAGGCCUCACCCCCAUGUGCCUGAGGCUGUGGUUCAGCGCCUGCAGGCCUUCUACCGGCCUUUCAACCGCAAGUUCUACCAGAUGACUGGCCAGGAUUUUGGCUGGGACUGAGCAAGGCCCAAUUAGUCCUGCCCUAGACACUCAGUAACCUUAAUUUAUGUCUGUCCAUCCAGCCAGAGCAGACUGCUACACAUGCUGGGUAGAGAGUAUAUUUAAGAAAUAAAGUCUGAAUUUGUAUUUU